AUGGCAAACAACGUAGGGCCUAUUCCUUGUCAUUCUUAUAAUGACUGCUGGAGACCACGGCCUAUAAAUGACGCUCUCGACAUAGGCUGUGUGGGCAUUGAAGCUGAUGUCUGGCUUUAUAGUUCUGACCUACUGGUCGGUCACACGAAAUGGUCACUUCGUCGAGGGAAUACCUUCAAAAGACUUUAUGUUGAUUCUCUCGUUCGUUUACUGUCUCAACGUAAAUUGGACCGAGAGAACUCUACACACCUUUCCCAUAAUAGCAUAUACAAGACAAACACCGACCAGACAGUGGUGCUGCUCGUAGAUUUGAAGACAAAUGGACUUGACGCUUGGCCGGAAGUAGUACGGCAGCUGGAACCACUGCGUCAGAGAGACUGGUUAAGCAAGUUUGUUGACAGCCAGUUUCACUAUGGGCCUAUCACCGUUGUCAGAACUAGCAACACAGCCUUCGAAAUGGUCGUGGAGAACUCGACCUACAAAGACAUAAUCCUUGACGCGCCACUUACCAAAAUGGAUGAUGAAGCCUUCAACCCAACCAGCUCCUCCUAUGCCAGUGCAUCAUUCAAAAAAGCCAUUGGUACAGUUUGGUUCGGUGGCCUUUCAAAAGCACGAACAACAGAGCUGAAAAAGCAAGCCAAGAAAGCAUAUUCCCAUGUCUUGGAGACUCGAUAUUCAAAUCUCCCAGAGUGGCUGAUAAUAACCAGAAACACGGUUUGGAACCUGCUCCUCAGGGAGGGUGUCGACAUUCUCAAUGUGGAUAGCCUUAAAGGCGCUGAACUGGAGUGGGAGUUGAUGAAGUGGCUAAUUCUCACAGCCAAUGCGUCAGCAAUGCUUUAG